AUGUUUGAAAUGUUUAUUGGUUUAUUAGAAAUCGUGAGUAAAAAUCAGAUAACGUUAUUACAGGUUUUAUGGUGGUCUUAAUAUUUUCCUGGGACUGUGCCGUGCAAAUUUCAGGAAUGCUAUUCUACCUGCUAAUACUAUUGCUAACUCUUCUAGUGUGGAAUAUCGAGUCACGGUUUCAAAAAUGGGCCAAAUAUGGAUUCUUCUCAGUUUUUUCUUAUAAUUUAAUGUCGUUUUUGAUUCCUCUGUGGAUAUUCUCGCCUGGAGACAGUGCAAAUGGAUUGUUACCAGCGAGAGGUUUUCGGAUUUUUUGUAGACUGUUAGGAUUGAAAUACACCCUAGAAGGAAAGGAAAACGUAAAUCCCGAUAGUGGGGGAGUAGUCCUUAUGAACCAUCAGAGUAUUUUAGAUCUCAUAGUUAUAUGUAUUUUGCGACCGAGUAUACCAAGAUGCUCGACAAUAGCCAAAAGGUCUAUUCUCUACGUCGUACCGUUAGGUUUGGCGCUUUGGCUAUGUGGCACCAUCUUCAUCGAUAGAAAAAGCCCGUCAAAAUCGCAAGUAACUCUCAACAAGACUGCCAAACUAAUAAAUAAAAAACAGGCUCGAGUACUUAUAUUUCCCGAAGGAACCAGAAACGGAGGUCCAAAACUGCUACCCUUCAAGAAGGGUGCUUUCCAUUUAGCCAUAGCUGCACAAUGUUCCAUCCAACCUGUGGCUGUAUCGAGGUUUACCUUCUUAGGAAAAAAUAAAUUUACCUCAGGAGAAAUUAGGAUUAGGAUUCUUCCUGCUAUUUCAACAAAAAAUUUGACAACAGAAGACAUUCCAAGAUUAAUUGAAGAGACAUACCAGCUCAUGUCAAAAACUGUGAACGAAAUUACUCAAUAAAAAUCAUAUAGUACCGCUAAAAACCAAAAUUUUGAAAUUGUGAUAUUUAUCCAGAGACAUGAGCAACAAAAUGACCAUCUUGGGGACACCAUGCCUAAUAGACAAGUGAUUUAGGUAAUAGAGGUAGAUACAAAUAAAACCUACAGUUUUGCUAUUAAAAUCUGGUUUUUUUUGUUGUUACGAAAAUACCGGCCAACAAAAAUAAGAAUUUUUUUCGUAGUUUAAAAACUACAAUACACCACUACACCACUACUUUGUAUUUUAUUUUUAAUCAUCAACAGACUUUUAAAAUGGCGGGUUAUAAAAAACUCUAAAAGUUUUUUGUUGCUUUGUAAACUUUAAAUACUAUGUACUUAAGUUUAAAAAAAGAAUGUGUGUGUACUUCGUACGCACGUAAGAAGUUAUACUUCUAUUAUAAUAUAAUCUAACUUCAUAUUAUGAUUUCAAUGAAAUCAAUAUUAUACUUACCUAUAUAUUUUAAACAGUUUUUUGUAUUGUAUUUAAAUAUUAAAUUAAUUUUAGAAAGAACAAAAAGAAUACUAAAAAUUAAAAAAAAAAGGAUAUGACUUUGUCCGGAUUUGAACAGGGGACCUCUCGAUCCCUAGGCGAAUGCUCUACCGAUCAGCUACCACCGUAUUUUUGUAUUCAGUCGAUCAUUUCUCGGACAUAAUUACAAUCAAGGUGACAGAUACAUUAAUUGAAAAUAAAUAUUUUCAAUAUAAUACUUAUUAGGAGGAAGACAAAUCCACAGACAUAAAAAUUAUAAUAAAUAUAUUUACUAAAAACACUAAUAAUAUAUUCUUUUCACGCACACCUUAUUUGCGCUACAUAAUUAAAAGAUGUAGCGACUAAUACCAUACUAUCGGUGUGCGCAUGCGCCAGGGAAUGUAAAAAUUCACCCUCGUGCCUAAAGAAGUACAACUUCAAAAAGCCAAUUUUAUAAAAUUAACAACAAAUUACACAAACAUAAUUCAAUUAAUUUCUAACCAAUGACAAGCUGCGAGGAUAUGACACACUCGCCAAUUCACCAAUCAAUCGUCUGAAAUUGGCGUCUUAGCUUAUCUUGGGAAUGAACAUACUUAGUUUAGCACCUAAAUCACUCGUCGAUUACUUAUUAGAAUUGGUGUCUCUUGAGAAAACCCUCAUAUCCCUGGACUACAUGCAAUUUUAACAAACAUAAUAUAUACUGAUGUUAAUACGAAUUGAUAUGAAUUGAUAAAUUAAUUAAAUAUUUGGCUUUAAAAAGAGGUUUUGAAAAAGUUUGUACCUAAAAUGUUAGGUAGGUAGUUAAAAAUGUGGUAUACUGAAUUCGCUCUAUCGAGAUUCACUUUGACACUGACGUUAGUAAUUUCUUUUUUGGGAAGUUCAGUUGUCAGAAGUGACUGGAAAUUACUACACAACCAAUGCACCUGCUCAUAGCCAAUAAUAGGUUUGUUCUAGCAUCAUUUUCAAACGGUUUGAAACGAGUAGCGCGAGUAGAGGGGAUAGCACUGGUGACUGUAUUAUGUUCUCUCACUGACCACUGACGUUUGCUGACGGUUUCUGACUAUUUGACUGUUUGCUAGAAGAAACCUUGAUAACAAAUGAGAAAAUUAUUUAUUGUACAAAAUAAAAAUAUUUUGUAGAAAUAAACUCCACCAAAUUUUAUGAGAUUAGUAGAUACUCCCACUAUUUCUAAUAAUUCUUCUUCUUUUUUAAUGAAAGAUUAAGUUGAUUUUAGCAGUUAAUAGUGUGAGGUAGGAAUUUUUGUGUUGUAUGUUUCCUAUUCCGAAUGUGUCAAAGUGAAUCUCGGUAGAGCGAAUUUAGUAGGUAUAUCUAUCGUUUUUUUUUUCACAUUUUAACUAUUAUUGUAAAGAAAUACUUUUUUAAUAUCAGUUUGAUAUUAAAAAAUUUAUCUCUCGUAUUAGUUAUUUUUACGUUGUUUAAUUUUUAAUACACAAGGGCCGGUUGUUCGAACGCUAAUCAAAAAUAGAAUCAACUGAUCAUUAUCAUAUAUUUAAUUACUGUCACCAACUGUCAAUGUCAACUUUGUUUGGGUUGCUGAAAACAUAAUUGAUUACAAUUAUGAGAUUUAUUAAUCAAUUAUGUUAUGUUAUUAUGGUAAUGAUAAUUAACAUAAUUGAUUACAAUCAACUGAUUAUGACGUACGAAUUUUGUCUUAUGUUAUUUGAUGGUUGUUAAGGGGACUUAAUUAUAAUCAACUUCUUGAUUAGCGUUCGAAUAACCGGCCCUAUUAGGUACAGUAUUUUGUAUAAGAUAUACCAAAUAUUUUAUUAUAAUGACAUAUGUUUUGUAUGUUAGAUAUACAUUUAUAGGUACCUAUUGUAUUGUAUAUGUUAGGUAUUUUUUGUUUUGGCAAGUUGUUCUACAUCGUAAUAAAACAAAUAUGUCUCAUCGAACAUCAGGAAGAAGCAGAAGUAAGGGCGAGGCCCCAUUAGUGCGUUGCGACGUCGCACUGGACUAUUGUCAGUGGUGGAUCUAAGGGGGGUGUCACGGGGGUCAGGACCCUCAGAUGAAAAUAAAUAUCAAUUCAAUAAUCCUAAAAAAAGAAAAACAGAGAGCCCUCACACAAAAAAAUGUUAAGCCGAUCCAAAAAAUACUUAAUUGAAAACCCACUUAUUCUAGGGGUGGUAAGGGUAAGACUAAGUGACCUUGCAUCAGAGAAAACUAAUUAAAUCACCCUCAAGAUCCAUGACCCUCACCCACAAAAUUUCUGGAUCCGCAACUGAGUAUUGUAGGAUUUAUCGGUGAAUAGGUAUUUUAUAUUUUAUCAGGGCCGCCGCGCGCCGCUACCAUGUGUACUAAGUGUGCAUCGCACACGGGCGGCCAACAAUAGGGGCGGCCGAUAGGAGGCCACUGAUGAUAAUACUUUUUUAAAACGAAAAUAAAUUCAAAUAAUUAAAUAGUAAUGAUUCAGAGAAUUCUGUAAACUAUUAUUAUUAUUACCUGAUAAUACGAUAAUACUAAAAUGCGUUUCAUUUAUCAUUUACAGUUCUUUUUUCAUCCUAAUCUAAACAAAAAUAUCAGAAAAUAUUAUUUAUUGUAUGCACUGCCCUUUUACAAGUAUUGGGACCGUGCAAGUUCGGCAAAGCGACACCUAUUUCUACGCUCUGCAACUUUAUUCGCACUUUUAAUUAUAUUGGCCAAUUAUAUUAGUCCUGGGUAGGUACUGGAUAAUUAUUGUCAAGGCCAUAGUCCAAAAAAAUAAUAAGAAGAAAAAAUAAGAUUCAGGUUAUGUUAUUAAAACGUAAACAAUUGUAUGUAGUAAAUAAAAUUAGUUAUUAAAAUGCAGUACUGCAAGCAAAAUACAAUUAAUUAAAUUUACCUUUCUAUAAUAAUUGCAUAUCAUAUCAAUAUUGGGGAGCAACAUAUAAUUUUUCUCCUUCAAUGACAGUAGAUAUGAAAUGUACGUCAAUUUGACAAUUUCAAUUGACAAUAUGAAUUAUUUAAGAAAGUUGCAAUACUUCUCCGCUAUUAGCGCACGAUCGUUUCUCAAUUCCCUUCCAAGUACUUGCACACCGCGAAUACAACGUCAUAAAACAGUUCCGGGAAUACUUCUUCAUUCAGAGCAGCUGCUGGCUUUCGGACUUCUAGAUAUAUUUCUCGUCCCCGUGUGGAGGCGAGCCGCUCAAGUAGAAUACAUCCACAGCUUCUUCUGCUCAUCGUAAAAGGCAACAAAUUGGAGCAGCUGUCCGUUCUCCUCUAGCCAAGCUCCUAACCUGUCCCUGUGUGAUAGUUAAUACUCCCAACUAUUAUACGACACCCACCCCUACCCAUCAUAGGUAAACGUCCCGAUAUCCAAACCUAUACCCGAGGGAAAACCUCUGAAACCAGUGGAGGAAACCACUGAAAACAAACGGAUAUGCAUAGGGGUGACGGCUAUGUAUCAUCCUAAUAUACCGCCACCCCAACCUCAAGGUGUAACACCAUCAUGCCGAAGGGGUGAUAGCCCAGGGGUAACAUAGUUGGUUACAAGCGAUGCCUAAGGGAGAUGGCGAACCCGAGUGGAAAAUAGCCUUUCAGGGGCAAGGGCGCACUGCCCCACUGAACCGAUCAGCACGACCCAACUCGUGGGAAGAAAAAUGGGACAAAAAAAGAAAAAACAAUAAAGGCGGAAGAGAGAGCAGCGGGGGCGAAAGAGAAAACAAAAGCGGGAGGGAAAAAGGAAGGGACGAAACUCGAGGGGAGAAAAGUUGGAGGCGAGAAGUGGAAGAAAAGGAAUAAAUCGGAUCUAGAACCAGUGCAAUCAAAAGCAAUGGAAAAGACAGAGAAUAUAAGAGGGAAAAGAGGGAAGGAAGAGAGAAACAGCAAACCAAGAGAAAGGAAGAAAGUGAACA